AUGACAUCACCACUCAACCUACGACUAUGCCAGGAAGAUUCACCUGCAUUUCGUAGAGAGCUUGCAUUAUGUGAAGAAUCGGUUUUCGGAUUAGAGAACACGAUAAAAAAUCUCGUGAAGUUGGCGAAAUCUAGCGUGGAGCUUGCCAGUGAAUAUGCAAGCAAACAGCUUCAGUUCGCACAAGAGCUUGGAAACUUUGCCAAACAACAACCUAAUUCAUUGAUAAGAUCUGUCCUUAAGAAAUAUUCAUCAUCUCUCCAAGAAGUAGAACGAAGUCGAAAAAUGCUCCAUCUACACAUGAACGAUAUGUUCAUUGAGCCAUUAGAAUCAUUUAACAAAAACGAAAUAGCGCCUUUAAAGGAAAUCAAGAAAAAUUUCGAAAAGGCAAGUAACGAAGCAGACAACGCGCUAUCAAAGUAUAUGAGUAAACGACCAAAAGAUCAGAUGAUUCCAGAGGCAUCAGCUGAAGUCACAGAUACCCGAAGAGAAUUCCAUCGACGGUGCCUUGAAUAUGUGUCAAAACUUAAUCAGCUGCACGCGAAAAAAAAAUUCGAAUUUAUGGAAUAUAUAUUGGCAUUAAUGUUCACAGAGUCAGCGUUCUAUCACCAAAAUUACGAGACAAUGAAAGAUCUAGAGCCAUAUAUGAAGGAUGUGACAAGAAUGCUUCAUGAGGCACGCGCGCAAUACAAUAAUGAUUUAAUAGAAUCUCAAGAGCUCAAGAAAACUUUAAUAGAGUCAGCACACGAAACUUACAAUCCAAUGCGACCAGCAACUAAAGAAUUAAAAAAUGAAGGUUAUACACGUCUACAAACCGACGGUAACAACCAAUCAUUAGCUCCUCCAAUGUCCAAAAAAUCCGGCUACCUGUUCAAAAAAGGAAGUCAACGUGUUCUUCAAACAUGGACGCGUCGUUACUUUACCAUUGAAGGUGAAUAUCUGACUUCAUGUACCCGAAAUGGCAAGGUAUCCACUAAAGAAGACGAAGAUUCCCUUUCGAUAAAUCUUAGAGUUUGCCAUAUUAAACCGGUAGUUAAUUCCGAUAGACGAUUUUGCUUCGAGAUAAUUUCUCCAAUGAGGACUUAUGUGUUGCAGGCUGAAAAUCAAGAGGAAAUGGAAGACUGGGUAAAAUGUCUCCAGACGGCAGCUAAAGAAGCAAUAUAUGCUGAUCAAACACCGACGUCUUUUGAGGGCGACUCGGAACUUUUGCAAUAUGAACUAGUCAAUGGAAACGGACAUUCCAUUGAAAACGGCACCAGUGAUUCGUUACAGAAAACCAAUCGACCCUCAAUACAACAAAUAAUGGAAUUACCAGGAAAUGACAUAUGCGUAGAUUGCAAAUCUUCCGAUCCGCAAUGGGCCAGCACUAAUUUUGGUACUCUAUUAUGUAUCGAAUGUUCGGGUAUUCAUCGAAGUCUCGGAGUACACGUGAGUAAAGUCCGAUCGUUAACUCUGGACAAAUGGGAGCCUGAGGCGAUUGAAGUUAUGCUUAAAUUAGGGAAUGAGAAGGUGAAUCAGAUUUUUGAGGCCCGAAUUGAACAGGGAGGUCAACAAAAAUUGACUAAUUUGGAUUCCGAGCUAAAUAGAGCUGAUUGGGAAAAGUUUAUAAUAUCAAAAUAUGUGAGAAAGGAAUUUAUCUCUCAAGAAGGCGCAAAUGUGCCUUCAAUUCAUCAGGCAUUUUGGGAUGCCAUGAACAAAACUGACUUGGCCGAGGCGCUUCGAUAUUUAUCUCUUGGCGCUAGCGUUGAUUACAAAAAUCAAGAAAAAAAUUCCACGACCGCAUUGCAUCAAGCCAUUUUACGGAAUGAUGAUGUGGCUGUGGAAUUUUUACUGCAAUGGUUCUGUGAUAUUAAUGCGGUGGAUAAUGACGGAUGGAGCGGACUGCAUCAUGCUGCAGCAAUGAAUAAUGCGCGAUUGUUGUUAACUUUGAUGAAGAGACACGCAAAUAUUACUUUGAAAGAUAAUAAUAAUAAAGCUCCGGUAGACAUCGCAUUAGAAAAGCAACAUGUUCAAGCAGUGACAGCACUUCGUCUUUACCAAUUUGAGAAUCAAUUAACGCGCUCAGAAUACUCCAACUUUGGAGUUGAUGAAGCGUUGACCAGUGUGAGCAAACCCUCUUUUCGUAAUGCAUCCUCGAGUUUAGAUUUAAAUGUUUCGACUACCAGCGAUACCACAGCUACUAAUAAUGCAGGCAAAGUUCGCAGCGCACCGACAACUCCUCCAUCAACAUCAUCACGAUCCAAUUCUGAUGAUACUAUCGAUAACCCUGUUAUGAUACCACCACUGAAUACCAAUAGUUUGGGCACAAGGUUUACAUUUUCGUCAUUGAGACUACCUAAUUUUGGUUCAUUGCCUUGGGAGGAGAAUUAA